UCAGAAGCAGGAAGAGGAGGAGGAGGCGGCGGCGGCGGGGGAGGAGGACGCUGCUGGUGCUCUCUCUAGUCAGGCGCGGCGGCCCUCGCUCUCCGGCGCCGAAGGGAACCGGACCGGAGCAGAUCCUUCUGGACUCUCCACCAUGGGUGACAUGAAGACCCCGGAUUUUGAUGACCUCUUGGCCGCUUUUGACAUUCCGGACAUCGACACCAACGAGGCCAUCCACUCCGGCCACGAGGAGUCAGAAGCCCACAUCAAGCCCAUCCCAGUCGAGGCAGUGGUCCCGGAGCAUGCCCUUCCACAUGCCGACAUCACCACAGUCAGCGUCAUUGUGAAGAACACAGUCUGCCCUGAGCAGCUGGACCCUGUGGACGGGCGGGUCAAGGACUCCCAUGCUGUUGGCCCCCGCCUGCUGCAGAAUGGGUUUGCUGCCCCCGAGGCACCCCACGCUUCCCCCGUCCACCCAGUGGAAGCAGUGCCCCCUGCCAAUGGGGAGUGCUGGGCACCGAAAGAGAAGGGGACCAAAAGUAUCGAUCUCUUCUCACACUUUAGCCCUGACCCUCAGGAGGACGAUAAUGGGGAGGCCAACCUCAUCGACCAGCCACGCGAGUCCAAGCCCAAAGACAAGACCCUCUCGGUGCCUUCCCUCUCCCCACCCCCCGUGCUUUCUGCCGCCCCACCAUUAGAGUGCCAUGAACCUGUCCGGGAAUGUACCGGGCCACUUGCUCUGGCCUUCCCUCCACCAUUCGACGCCUGCCCAACCGGUGGACCGGGUCUUCCUCUCGGCUCUCCUCCACCCCCACUGCCCCCUCCUGCCAUCAAGCAGGAGUCUGAUUGUGAGACACCCUGCCGGGGAGCCAGUCCAUUAGACCGUCCCAAAUCGGGCUCCAUUUGCUAUUCUGCAGACAAUUCUCACAUGGCGCCAUGGCCUGCUCCAGAAGCCAACCUUGGCGGGUCCACCAGCAGCGACCCUGAAAUCAAGCGCUCUCCCUCAAGCCCUCAGAAUAAGCUCCUCAAAAGCCCUCCACUGACAGAAGCCAGCCCUGGGGCCUUGGCCUCACCAAAACCUCCUUCCAAUAAUGGUGGGGCCUUGAAAGAAGAGCCUGCGGAGAACCCUCUGCAGAGCUGCCCACCAGCUGCAUCCGGUGAGGAGGAAGAGGAAGUAGAGGAGGAGGUGGAGGAAAAUGAAGAUGAGAGCACCGGGUCCCCCUCAUCUGGUUCUUCACGGCCCCUCAAGGUGCGGAUCAAGACCAUCAAGACCUCGACUGGCAGCAUCACCAGGACAGUAACGAGGGUCUCUUCCGAUUCAGACCCCGGAGCUGCCAAACCGCUUUCAGAGACUGAUUCUCUGGAGGUGCCCACCACCAUCAGUGAGGAAUCUGCACUCCCUCCUGUAAUGGAGAAGGAAGAGGCUGCCAUGGAGUCCCCCAGCCCGAAAACGGUGGCUGCCAGCCCCUUGAAGGUCAUUGAGGGGCCCAAAGUCGUCAGUGUGCAGUUAGGCGAUGGGACCAAGAUCAAAGGGACGGUGCUGCCCGUCUCCACCAUCCAGAACGCCAGCAGCGCCAUGCUGAUGGCCGCCAGUGUGGCUCAGCAGAAAGCAGUGGUGCUGCCAAGCAAGGCCGUAGCCAAGAAUAUCAUUAGCUUGGUCCCCCAGGCCCUCCCCAAAGUGUCCGAGGCCCGAAUGGCAACGGGGCAGCAGACGGUGGUCACCACGCCUGCCAACCAGAAGGUCAACGGCACCACGGUUGUGGUGAUGCAACCCCAGAAGUCCUUGCCCGCCAUUGCUGGGACGGUCAUCUCCCGCAGCCAAUCCAGCCUGGUGGAGGCCUUUAACAAGAUCCUGAACAGCAAGAACCUCCUGCCCACCUACAAGCCCAACCUGGCCCCGCCAGCAGACUCCAGCCUCUCCCUGCCACCCCUGGGCUACCGCUGCCUGGAGUGCGGGGACGCCUUCGCCUUGGAGAAAAGCCUGGCCCGGCACUACGACCGGCGCAGCAUGAGGAUCGAGGUGACCUGCAACCAUUGCACCAAGCGUCUGGUCUUCUUCAACAAGUGCAGCCUCCUCCUCCAUGCCCGCGAGCACAAGGACAAAGGGCUGGUCAUGCAGUGCUCCCACCUGGUCAUGCGCCCCAUCGCCCUGGACCAGAUGAUUGGGCAGCCUGACAUCACCCCACUGGUCUCCUUGGCCUCCCUCAACCCCAGCAAAGUGGCCACAGCAGCUUCAGCCGCCAUGAUGCAGGAGGCCAUGGCCGCCGCCGCCGCUGCUGCCACCACAGCCGCCACCACCAACGGGGGAUCCUCUCAGGACUUGCCCGUCUUACCUUUAAACGGUGGCACUGAGUCAACGACCACCAACUCGUGCCAAUGUCUGGAGUGCAAGGAACAGUGUAAGGAUAAGGCGGGCCUGGCCGCCCACUUCCAGCUGAUCACCGGUUCCACCUCCACGGUAUGCAGCUCCUGCCCCAUGAUCAUGCCCAACCGCUGCAGCUUCAGCGCCCACCAGCGCAUGCACAAGAACCGCCCGCCUCACGUGUGUCCAGAGUGCGGGGGCAACUUCCUCCUGGCCAACUUUGAGACUCACCUAAAGGAAGCUUGCCUCCACUUCUCCCGAAGGAUAGGCUACAGGUGUCCGAGCUGCUCGGUUGUGUUUGGAGGGGUCAACUCCAUCAAGUCCCACAUCCAGACUUCCCACUGCGAGGUUUUCCACAAGUGCCCCAUCUGCCCCAUGGCGUUCAAGUCGGCACCCAGUGCCCAUGCCCACAUUUACACCCAGCACCCCGGCUUCAGCAACCAGCAGUCCAAGAUGAUCUACAAAUGUGCAAUGUGUGAUACGGUCUUCACCCAUAAGCCCCUGCUCUCCUCCCACUUCGACCAGCACCUGCUCAACCAGAGAGUGAGCGUCUUCAAGUGCCCAGACUGCCCCCUCCUCUUCGCCCAGAAGCGGACGAUGCUGGAGCAUCUCAAGAACACCCACCAGCCCCAGAAACCCAAAGAAGACCCAGUCAAGAAGAUGCCUGCCACCCCCACCACCCCAACUCUCACCCCGAAGCAAGAGCCAGCUGAAGAGCCCCCUCCGCCGCCCCCGCCUCCCCCCACCACCAAAACCUCGGACUCCUCGCCCUCUUCCUCCUCCGAAGACGAGGACCCUCCCAGCUCCCCCGAGGUGCGCAAGGGCAAGCGGGCCCGCUUCCAGCAGCGGAGGGCCGGGGCAGCGGGGCGCUCACGGAGCAAUGGCUGGACCUGCGGCAUCUGCCACUCCUGGUUCCCUGAGCGGGACGAGUAUGUUGUCCACAUGAAGAAGGUCCAUGGGAAGUGCGUGAAGAAGUUCCCCUGCCACCUCUGCGAACGCUCCUUCUGCUCGGCUCCCAGCCUCCGGAGGCAUGUCCGCGUGAACCAUGAGGGCAUCAAGCGCGUCUACCCCUGCAGGUACUGUACGGAAGGCAAGCGCACCUUCAGCAGCCGACUCAUUCUGGAAAAACACAUCCAGGUGCGUCACGGCAUCAAAGUGACCGAUGAGGCUCGGAGCCAGGAGAUACUCCUCACCCGCACAGGCGCCAGGAACUCUCAGGCCUCAGGCAGGAAACGCAAGCUCUCCUCGGACGAAGGGGAUUCCUGCAGCGAGGAGCCGGACAGCACCACCCCGCCUUCCAAGACCCCCAAGGGCGACCGGAAACUCCCCUACCACUGCCGCAAGUGUGGAUACGUGGCCUCCUCGGCGGCUGACUUCCAGGAACACAUUCCCCAGCACCGGACGGGCGAAAGCGCCCACCAGUGCCGGGAAUGUGGGCUCUGCUUCACCUCCCAGGUCUCCCUGAACCGCCAUCGCUUCAUCACCCACAAGAAGAAACGGGGGGCAAGAGGCGAGCGGCAGGACUCCAGCCCCCGGGACCACCGAGAGGAGGGCUCCCCGAUGCCGGGUGAAGGCAGGCUCUCCUGCACGGUCUGCGGAAAAGCCUUCGACACCGAGCUCAACCUCAAGACUCACUUCCGCACCCAUGGGAUGGCCUUCAUCAAAGCCCGGCAGAACGUUGGGGCAGAAAACUAACCGUGCAGUCAGCUGGGAAAAGGGUGCAGACGGACUUGACUGGACUGAUGGCCCCGGAUUGGCAACGGUCACUCAUAGGUAGAUCCAGCGCCCAGACUGUGCCGGAAGGGUAAUCCCCCUCUUCCUAAAACCAACUGAGUUAAAAUUAAGCUGUGAUUGUGGAGAGGAGGAGUUUUCAGGGGUUGGACAGCUGGAUGUGAGGGCCUUAUUUAUAACCUUCGAUCCCCUUCCACUUCCUGGUCUGGCUUCCUAUGAACCAAAGCCAGGUUUGGGAUCGAUUUCUUACUGCAUUUGGCUCGGCGAAGCUUUCGAAAGGGCUUAAGCAAUUUCAGGGGGCCAAUGGAAAUACAGCGCACGGACUGGACAAGGCGAGGAGUCAGACUCUGAGCCUUGGAUGGUGAAUCCAAAGGGGCUCCUGUCCACAUGCCGAUCGGGACAUGGAUCUCUUGCCCGGCCAUUGCUCCUCAUAGGGAAGGAGCCCAGGUGGCUUUGUUAAUCACUGUAAGAGGCAGGAGUGCCUCAGUCAUCCUUCCCCAUCCCUUCCUUCCUUCCUUCCUUCCUUCCCUCCCUCCCUCCCUAACCAGGCACUAGGUUUGAGUGAGUCCCAGCCAGUCUUCCCCUUCAGAUGGUUGUGGUUCAGUACUGACAUGCGCUCUCUGUCUAUAUAUUUUUCUUCCCUAGAUUUCUCACAGAUGAUUGAUUCCCUUGCUUCAAAAAAGUUGCUCUGGUCUCUGGUCUGUUCUCUCCUCUCGCCUUUUAAAGUCUUGUUUUUCUGUUUCCUCCAUCUCUCAUCAUUUGGGAAAGUUAUUUUUCUCCUCUUUUUGGAAGUAAAGCUCCCAAAAUUCCCCACCGUGCUGUCUUGCAGCAUGAUGGGAGUUGCAAUUCUUUUCAACACUUGUUUAAUGUCUGCAGUGCACAUUUUUCUUCCAAGUGUAGAAGGUCUUACGAAAUGGGGAGCGUUCCUGGGUGUCAAAACUUUGCCCUCCACUUUGGAGGGCAUUUUUCUCAAAAGGGGUCAUGAUCCAGAGAGAAUUUGGGGGUGCUCCUCUUUAGCAAAGCUAUCAGAAGGAAACCUUGUGCCCGAUUCAUGCGCUGUCUUUUUCCGCCUUAUGCCCCGUCCGCACACCCUUGGCCAAAUCAUGCGUUGACAAACCCCACUUCCAGAGGGCUGUGUGUCCUUGUGUAGAUAUGUGUGUUUGCCUAUCGCACUAACCCUCGUUAACCUAUCAUGCUUUCAAUUCUUAUUCCUUGUUUUCCCACUAUCAUUUCCAGGAUUGUGUCUCGCUCUCCGACCCCAAACAAUUUUGGACUGAUAAGCAUUCCUAGAUUACGAGACCAAGAUCCAAAGGCAUUGCAACCCGUUUCUCCUCCCCUUCCUUCUAUUUCUAUUUUAUUUUAUUUUUCUCCUAACCAAUAUAGGAUCCCGAAGCUUCAGAUUUGGAUAAAAGGUUUGGGAAAAGGCUCUCCUUCUCUGCUUUUGAAAUCAUGUGCGAACGGGGAAGAAGGGUUACGAAUCACUCCAGUUUGUACGCUUUUGUGGUGUUUGGUUUGGAUCAGGAUGGGAAAGGGGUGCGGCGUCGCUUUCUCUCUCUCAUAUUUGUGCGCACAUCCUUAUUUUAGUAACUUGAAUUUUCUUUUUCUCUAUUUUUUUGGACUCAUCACUAAUGCUUUAUUAACCAAGCGUUUUUUUUUCCUUUGAAAAGAAAUAAUCUUGUAAUAUACACUUUAAAAAAGAAAGAAAUCCCAAGUUCGGCUUGUUGUUUUAACUUCUUCUUUUAGAAGACAAACACGGUGUCAUUCUAUCUUUUGGUCCUUUGGCAUAAAGACCCUUUUCUCACCC